AUAGAGCACCGCUUGUUGCUUCGCGAGUGGUUACGUGUAAUUUGAAAGCAAAAUGGCUGAUAGAAGGAAUAAUAAUAAUAAUAAUGUUCCCAACACCAGUGCAAAUUUACUGUUCAGCACCACUCCGGAGUUUAACUUUAACUUGCCUUUCAUUCCCGUCAGUCAGGCCGCUGAACCGGCGGUGCUGUCAGGAGAUGAUUCCACUGAUGUCGGAGAAGAAGACAGCUUUCUCGGUCAGAUAUCUGGGAGUGGUCCAGUUCCCUCAACAUUCAACUACUUCUCCAGCCCUGUAACCAGCACGGACCCGUUUGCAUCCAUAGGCCAGUCUACAUGCCCACCACAGACGCUGUCUGCUGCACCAGCUCCAACUGGUACAGCCUCUGUUCCCAGCAGUGCCAGCAUGGUUCCACCCCCGCUUCCUGCAGCCUCACAAAUGAACCCAACUCCUCCAGCAUUUGGCAGUACAGUUUAUCAGUCUCCUGUAGGACGUCACACUCCUCCCUUCAGCACAGUGAGCACACCGCCACCCCAGACUCACCAGCAGAGUCACAACCCGUACCGGCACACCCCCACCAGCAGUAGAGUCAGCCCUUAUAUUCCGGCCCCGGAGGUCCUGCCGCUGACUCACACGCCUCAGCAGACUCCCUACUCUCUCAGCGCUCCACCGCAAACAUUCCCUCUGUCAGGACCCACGUUCACAAAGCCUUCCCCAACACAGAUUCAGACACCUUUACCUCCCCCCAUCAGUACUGGACCCAUCGUCCCUGCAGCUCCCAUGAUGCCAUACAACUACAACGUCUACGAGCCCGUUCAGCCCCACUGGUUUUACUGCAAACCAGUGGAAUCAAAGAGUGUGUGGCUUCCUUUCAGUGUCAUUGACUCCAUGCAGCUUGAAGAAAUCUUCAACUCUGUUCAACCGGAUCCUGAAAAUGUCGUCGUACGUACAGAUGGAGGACGCUACGACGUACAGCUGUAUGACCGUCUGCGUAACGCUGUGUACUGGGAGGAGGAGCCUACAGAGGUCCGGCGCUGCACCUGGUUCUACAAGGGCGAUGCAGACAGCCGCUUUAUUCCGUACUCUGAGGAAUUCAGCGAGAAGCUGGAGACAGAAUAUAAGAAAGCUGUUUCUACAAACCAGUGGCACCGUCGCCUGGAGUUCCCGUCAGGAGAAACUAUUGUUAUGCAUAAUCCAAAGGUCAUAGUGCAGUUUCAGCCCUCCUCCAUGCCGGAUGAGUGGGGUACAACUCAGGACGGGCAGACCAGGCCCAGAGUGGUCAAGAGAGGGGUUGAUGAUGACCACGAUGAAGUGCCUGACGGUGAGCUUCCGAAGGUGGAUCAUCUUGUGUUCAUGGUUCAUGGAAUUGGUCCUGUCUGUGAUCUGAGGUUUAGGAGCAUGGUAGAAUGUGUGGAUGGUUUCCGGAGCGUGUCGCUGAAGCUGCUGCAGAGUCACUUUAAGAAACCCCUGGAAGAGGACGCCAUCAGCCGGGUGGAAUUCCUUCCUGUUCAGUGGCACAGGGCUCUCCACGGAGACGCCACCGGGGUGGAUCGGAGGAUAAAGAAGAUCACCUUGCCCAGCACUGGACGUUUACGUCACUUUACCAAUGAGACUUUGUUAGAUGUGCUUUUCUACAACAGCCCCACUUACUGCCAGACCAUCAUGGAUGCGGUUGCCCUGGAGAUUAACAGACUUUAUGCUCUGUUCUUGAAGAGGAACCCGGAUUACACAGGAGGCAUAUCUGUGGCUGGGCACAGUUUAGGAUCCCUGAUUCUGUUUGACCUGCUGUCAAAUCAAAAGAAGGCCUCUGAUCCACAAGCCACACCCACUGCUAAUGGAGACAGCAAACAGGUGGCUGCUCCUCUUGCCCAAGCACAUAAUGCUGACACGCCUCCAGCCGUGGAAGAGGAACCCAAAGAAGACGGGGAAGAGUUUCAGGAUCUUUCUGUCAUGCUGGAACAUCUUGGCCUGUCUGAGUAUAAGAGCACCUUUGACAAGGAGAAGAUUGACAUUGAAUCUUUUCUCAUGUGCACGAUUGAGGACCUGAAAGAGAUGGGAAUCCCUCUGGGCCCCAGGAAAAAGAUUGUGAAAUUGGUCAAUGAGAGGCUGAAUAAGCAGGCUGCUCGUCAGGCAGCAGAGGCAAAGAAAGGAGAGGUCAAAGAGGUCCUGGCGGGGCCACAGGCUACUGAAGCUUCCUCAGAUCCCACUGUGAAGAAGCUUCCUGUUGGAAACACAGUCUCCUCCGUCCAUGUUGACUACAACUACUUUGAAGUUGGCACAGGGCAGGUGUCUGUGGUCUACCACACCCUGGACUUCGAGCUAGAGAAUUUCUUCGCUUUAGGAUCUCCAGUCGGCAUGUACCUUACAGUCCGAGGACUGGAGAAAAUUGAAGACACGUAUCAGUUGCCCACAUGCAAAGGAUUCUUCAAUAUUUACCAUCCGUUGGACCCGGUGGCGUAUCGGAUUGAGCCAAUGAUAAUACCAGACCUGGACCUGAAGCCUGUUCUGAUACCACAUCACAAAGGGAGGAAGAGGCUUCACCUCGAGCUGAAGGACAGUCUGUCCAGGAUGGGCUCUGACCUGAAGCACGGCUUCAUCAGUUCUCUGAGGAGCGCCUGGCAGACGCUGAACGAGUUUGCGCGAGCUCACACCUCAUCUGCUCAGCUGCAGGCCGAACUGGCCAUCGUGGCCAAUCAGAUUGAAGAGCAAGAAAAACAAGCACGAGAAGAGCAUAAGAUCUCAGAGAGCCCUGAACCCCAGAAAGAGGAGGAGCCUCAGGUGAAGAUCGGGAUGUUGAAUGGAGGCAGUCGCAUCGACUACGUCCUGCAGGAGAAGCCCAUUGAGAGUUUCAACGAGUACCUGUUUGCACUUCAGAGUCACCUGUGCUAUUGGGAAUCUGAGGACACGGCAUUGCUGAUUCUUAAAGAGAUCUACAGGUCCACGGGGAUCCACCCUGAACAGAUGGCACAUUAACACCUGGAGGAGAUGACCGUGAGCGUCCAGUCGAAUCAUUUCAAGUUUUAGAUUUUGAUUCUGCUCCCCGUUUUUUUAAAUGUACUUUUAUUGUAUACAGAUGAAGAAACUUGUGCCAUUUGUAUUAAAAAGGUUAAACAUUUGGCAUCUUUACUAGGACACUUUUGUAGCGCUCUUUGACACGGCUGAGUUAGUGUGAACAUGCAUUAUGAAAUUAAAGGAUGAUGAGUUGGUCAGAGUUUUAUUUUAUGGUUAAAAUUAAAACAAUUCUCUUGCACAACAGUCUGAAUUAUUCACUGAACAUGAAAGCUGUAAGACUAUCUACAAAAACAAAAGUGAUGACAGUGCAGGAUGAAGUGCACUUUGUUGUACUUUUAAAUAAAACACUCCUGGUCGGCUGUAGAACAUCAAACUGCUUCGUUCUCACGAUGAGACAGAAGAAAGUUAAACUUCCAGCUGUCGGUGCAGCUUCAGUCAACAAGUCAACAUUUCACAUCACUUUAAGAAUGUAGGCACAUAAAACAAAAGCAUCCAACUCGCACGGGACGGCGGGAGUUAGAAGUAUUUACACGAGGGGCUGGAACAUUCAGUGUGAGGGAUUGUGGGAUUCUCACUGGACAGAAAUGUCGGCUCUGCCUUCAGCGGUGCUUUGAUCUGGCAGCAACAGUUGAUUUACACAGCUGAUCACAUGGAAGCUCUCAAAGACAGUGACCUGCCGCCCCCCCAAAACCACUUACACUAGGCCUGACUGCCCGAUACAGUGCCUGAGAGUCCAAUAGUCCUCACUGGUCUGCGCUUAUGUUCCACGACAUGAUGCGAGCACGUUUGUCACCUCAGCAUGUUCUUUUGGUUUUGAUAAAGUGCAUGACUGAGUUCUGCCCCAUUCAGAUGAGGUUAAUUUUAUAUGAGGUGGUCAUAAUGUGAUACUUUGGCCAAUUUGUAUAGAAUAGUGAAACUAUAAAUGAGACGGGAGUGACAACUCACCGUCCAGGCAGCCUUAGCCCUUCAAACGAAAAAAAAAAAUAAAAUACUGACCUAGUCUCCUGCACUUAUCUUCUGAGUUCUCAGCCCUUGCAACAGAAUGGAUUCAUUUCUAGAAUCACUUUGUCUGGCUUUAAGAUGGUGCGCUCCGUGCAGUGCACUCCAUAUGCACUCAUUAGAACAGGAGGUCCAAAGAUGCACCGUGAAAGGAACAACAGGAUUAAUCUAACCUGAAGUGAUUUCUAUGGAUAGUUUUGGAGAAAAGGUAAAAGGCACCAGAAUCUUUACUGGCACAAGAGCGCCAAGUCUGUAAAAAUGACUGACAAGGACAAAAUUCACAGAGGAACGCUGGUAGUAAUUAUUUUACCCUACUUCAUAUAAAACCUGCCCCCUCUGAAUAAAUUAUGCAAGAAGGAAUUCAAUCACAUUCAUCCAUAAGGUGAGAAAGCCACCUUGUUUUAGCCCAGAUGUUCUUGAAUGAAGGGUGAACAUCAAGACGUUUGAGAUCUGAGCUCCGGUGCAGUUAGUGAUCACACUGAUGGUACCACCCCUGGGUCCAGCUGACCUGAGCCCUGGACUUGGUGGGUAAAAGUGCUUGGGCGCGAUACUGAUCAGCUGUGUGAGACACACUGAUUGUUGCCAACUUUGACACAAUAUUGUUUCAUUUUGACAAAGUGCAAUGUCUUUUGCCCUCCAUCUAAAAAAAUCAGAACAAAAACACAUAAAACCAAAACAUUAGAUCCCCAACAUUAAAUACAUAUUUGAAUUUGAACUUCACAUUUAAAAAAUACCUAAAAAUCUGUAUAUUUUGGCCAUAACACUGCCCACAGUUGAGCUAGUGUGCUUUAGUCACAGAUCAGAAUAUUAAAUAAUGCACUCAGUAUAACAGGAAGGAACUGUGUCCCAUUUGAGGAAUAGCUCAGGGUUUUUUUUUUCCUUUCUGACAGAUCCUUGUACCUAAAGAUCCUCCAACCUCUGAAAUUCUAUGGAGAAUGAAAAUGAUGCAAGUAUAACAAAAGUCUAAUUCAGAAAUAAUAAAAAUAGAAAUAAAACGUUUAAGUUUAUUUUUGUGGACACCAUGUGGCUUAGUGUUUGGCACAUUGCCUCUCAGCAGCUUGUUUGUGUGAAUUCUCUCCAGGUCCUCUGGCUUCCUCCCACAUCCAAAGACAUGCACGUUAGGUGAAAUGGAAACUUUAAAUUGACCGUAGGUGUGCAUGUGAAUGUGUUGGCUUGUCUGUAUGUGGCGCUGUAACAGACUGGCGCCCUCUCCAGGAUGUACCCUGCCUCACGUCAUAUGACUCCUAGGGUAGGCUCCAGCCCAGUCACAACCCUUAAUUGGAGUAAUGGGGUAUAGAAAACAAAUUCAUUUCUACCUCCAUCAAAUAAUCAGUGCGGCCAGGAAAAAAAAAUAAAAAUAAAUUAUAUA